GUUCAAUGGACUGAUAAAGUGGUGUAUGCCUAGUGAUCACGGAUAUAGCAACGGCGGACACGCUUUGAUUUUAUUCGGCUGUCUUCUUUCGGUUUAGAUUCACCCGUGGGUGCCGGUGGUCAGCGAGGCCGGCAGUCAUGUGUCGGUGGGGCUGCACUACAACAAGCACGACUUACAUGUGUAAAUGGUGUGGUACGCGAUAUUGUAAGGAAUGUCUACACGGUGACUUCUCAGGUUCUAUGCUGGAACCAGGCAGAUGUCGGAAAUGUAAUCAGAAAGGUUGUCAGGGCGAGAGAGUGGAGUACGUUGAGGUGAAGAGACCACCGGCAGAUAAAGACAAGAAGGGAAAGGGACUGGCCUCUGCCAGGGGAAGAAGCAAAUCACCAUCAAAAUCGGCAAGGAAAUCGGGAAAGAAAUCCGCAAAAAAAUCUGGCAAAAAAUCAGGAAAAAAAUCAGGAAAGAAAUCCGGAAAAAAGUCUGGGAAAAAGAAGAAAAAAUAAGUGAUAUUGUGAGAAACAUUGAGAGAACACAUUUACUUUUUUGAGACAAAUAUUUUGCAUUUUGACAUAACAAGUAUUUUUGAAUCUAAGAAAAGUGAUUGGUUGUUUAGCUGUCACGUGGUGAGUUGUGUGCGAAUCCCUGACGUCAACAAUUCACUACCUAGACAUGACUUGCAAUAAGUAGAGCAGAUCACUACCUUAGUAUUUUGAAUAAAAAAUAAAACACAAUCGCCUUUAAAUUA